AUGAAAACCAGGCUAGGCUGCCUCUCCAACAAGUCCGACUCCUACAAUGAUUUCUCAGAGUUCCUGCCACCUGCCCAGGCGAAGUGCGUAAAGUUAUCAACAGAGGAAGUCAAACAUUGGGCGGAUUCGUUUGACGUCCUUCUAUCCCACAAAUAUGGCUUGACUGCCUUCAGGGCUUUCCUUAAAACGGAGUUCAGUGAUGAGAACAUUGAAUUCUGGAUGGCGUGCGAGGACUACAAGAAGAUCAAAACACCUGCUAAACUAUCAUCAAAAGCUGAGAAGAUUUACAAGGAGUUCAUUGAUAUUCAAGCACCUAGGGAGAUAAAUAUUGACCACACGACCAGAGAAGAGACCAAGAAAAGUCUUGAACAACCAACUCCUGCCAGCCUGAAUUUGGUGCAAGCCAGAGUGUACAGUCUGAUGGAGAAAGACUCCUAUCCUCGUUUUUUACGAUCCAAAUUUUAUCAGGAUUUGCUCAACAAAACUCAUACACACUGCCAAAGAAAGUCGGUUUGA